AUAAAAAGUUCACACCUCUGAUCCUCGAUAACUAUAGCGGGCAAGUCACGUUCACGUACUCUCUAAUUUAAUUCCCUCACCGAAAGUGUCAAUUUCCUUUACCCUUCAACGCUUUGAAAAUUCACUACUCACCACUCACCUCUCACCUCUCUCUCUCUUUCUCCAUAUAUAUGUUACCUCGAUGCAAAGCACCCAUUUCUAUAUUCCCCUAUCUUUAAAUACCCUUUCUCUUUUCUCUUUGUAUGUUGUGAUUUUUUAGAUCUAAAAUCAGAUAGAUCUAUGAGUAGUAAUGGCUUGUUCUUUUAGAUUCUGAUUAUCUUCUGCUAUAUAGUUUUUUUUUUCUUGGCUCGAACGAAUCAAUCAGAAUUCUAGCAGUUAUACCUGAUCAUGUGGAGGUUCAAAUCCUUUACACAAAAAGAACCAGUGGGGCUUGAAGGUCGCUAUAUUGAUGUCGGAAAUCUUAAGAUACAUGUCCGAAAUGCCAUUGCUGAGGGAGGUUUUUCCUGUGUUUAUUUAGCUCUUGAUGCUAUGCAUGCAUCAAAACAAUAUGCUUUAAAGCAUAUGAUAUGCAAUGAUGAGGAAUCGCUGGAAUUAGCAUUGAAGGAGAUCAAUGUGAUGAAAUCAUUCCAAGGGCAUCCCAAUAUUGUUGCACUAUGUGCACAUGCUAUUUUGGAUAAGGGAAGGACAAAAGAAGCACUCCUUGUGAUGGAAUUUUGUGAGAAGUCUCUGGUUAGUGUGCUGGAUAGCAGAGGAGCAGGAUAUUUUGAGGAGAAACAGGUCCUUUCCAUUUUCAGAGAUGCAUGUAAUGCUGUUUUCGCAAUGCACUCUCAGUCUCCGCCUAUUGCACACAGAGACUUGAAAGCUGAGAAUCUUCUAUUGGGGCCUGAUGGAUCAUGGAAAUUGUGUGAUUUUGGGAGUACAUCUAUUAAUCACAAGCGGUUUGAGAAGCCUGAAGAUAUGGGUAUUGAAGAAGACAACAUCCGAAAGUACACAACCCCUGCCUAUAGAGCCCCUGAGAUGUGGGAUUUGCUGCGAAGGGAUCGUAUAAGUGAGAAGGUAGACAUAUGGGCCCUUGGGUGUCUCCUUUUUCGAAUAUGCUACUUCAAAAAUGCAUUUGAUGGGGAAUCAAAGCUUCAGAUAUUAAAUGGAAACUAUCGCAUUCCAGAUUUACCUAAAUACAGCAUGCCAGUGACAGACUUAAUCAGAGACAUGCUUCAAGCUUCACCAGACGACAGACCAGACAUCACGCAGGUAUGGUUUCGUGUUAAUGAGCAAUUACCAGUUAAUCUGCAGAAGUCGUUACCUGAUGGGCUGCCUGAAAUGAAGUCUACCAGUGUACAUGAAGUUACUUCCAGACCUGCAAAUAGGCCACCUCCAAUGCCAAAUAGAAGCCCACCACCUCCACCGUCAUCUGGGGGUGUGGGAGGUGGGGGACAACUUGGCGCCUUCUGGUCAUCUCAACAUGCAAGGGACUCCUUUGUUGAAGAAAAGAGCAAGUCUAAAUUUGAUGAUGAAUCUAGCUAUAACCCCUCAAGACAGGAUAAGAGUCAAUCUGAGAAUCAUACUUUAUCCAAAACUUAUAGCCCUGUAAAAGAUGAAAAUUCACAAGCUCAUGCCACUCGAAGGAUUGUUCAUGGUAAAUCACAUGUAUCUCAGGAUGACAGUUAUAAGGACUUUGAAAUAAAUUUCAUCCAGAAAGACAUAGAACGUGGCAUGGAGAGGCCAAAAUCAUCCCAAGCUGAGAGCACAUCUUUAUUUCAAAAUGAGGCUUUUAAUAAUUUUGUUGCUGAAUUUGAUAGCACUAAGCUGAACUCCAGAGUCGGUAAUAUCAAAUCAGCGAGGGAAGAAGAACUAGAGUCUGAAAUAGAGAGGCUUAAGGACCAGCUGAAGCAAGCAAAUAUGGAGAAGGCAGAAAUGACUUCAAAGUAUGAAAAGCUAUCUGCCAUUUGCCGAUCUCAGAGACAAGAGAUUCAGGAGCUUAAGCAAGUAGUGGCUGCCAGAACUCCAUCGCCAAAUAAGUACCAAGCCUCCCCGAAAACUCAACCAUCGACAAAUACUCUGGUAUCAUUCUUAUUGAUAUAUUUGCUACUGUGUUUUUAUUCAAUUGUUUAUGUUAAGUAUUUAUUCUUUGUGCAGCAAGGAGAAUCCGAUUGGAGUAUCCCAAGUCCAGAUCAAAAGCCAUGGCACGCAUUUGCAGAUGAUUCUAAGCCACAACAGCAGCCUCCUUCAAAGGGAAACAGUCCUCAAUCUGUUAGGACCAGAAAUGCAAACCAGAGAAAGCAAGCUGAAUCUGAGUCUUGGGGUUUUGGAGCAGAUAGUUUUACAGCUGCCCCUGCUGCCAGCACUCAGACCUCAAGGCCCAUAAAUGAAGGAAACAGUUCUCAGCACUUCAGCGGGACAAAAAUCAUGGAAAGUCAAGCAGCUACUCAACCUGCUGGAUGGGCUGGUUUCUAGCUUAUGCUACCUGCGAAGCUAUAUGGAACACUUCAGAUAGAAGUAUUACUCUUUCCUUUGCAGUUCUCCUUUAAAAAGAUAAGAAUACAGAAAAGUUAAAAUAUAUAGCUUCUGGCUUGUUUUGUUGUAUCGGGUGCUUUGUUUUGAUAGAUUUACAUUUUCUAUACAACAUUUGCCCAUGAUUAUCUGCAAUAUUCAGCUACUACAUCUAUAUACUUUUCUGCGCA